AUGCAACACAGCCACCAAUAUUCCAUGAGAGCCACUAAUGUUGUAUAUCAAGCUCAUCAUGUCAGCAGAAGUAAAAGAGGCCAAGUUGUGGGUACAAGAGGUGGAUUUCGAGGCUGCACAGCCUGGCUAACAGGUCUUUCUGGUGCUGGUAAAACAACUAUUGGCUUUGCUCUGGAAGAAUACCUGCUGUCUCGUGGCAUGCCUUGCUACUCGCUGGAUGGGGAUAACAUUCGGCAUGGUCUGAACAAAAACCUAGGUUUCUCAACUGAUGACCGAGAAGAAAACAUCCGCCGUGUUGCUGAGGUUGCCAAACUGUUUGCCGAUGCUGGUCUUGUUUGCAUAACUAGUUUCAUUUCCCCUUUUGCAAAGGAUCGUCAAAAUGCAAGGGAAAUUCAUGAAAUGGCUGGUCUUCCUUUCUUUGAAAUCUUUGUAGAUGCUCCUCUAAAUGUUUGUGAAAGCAGAGAUGUGAAAGGCCUUUACAAAAAAGCAAGGGCUGGAGAAAUCAAAGGAUUCACUGGGAUUGAUUCAGAGUACGAAAAACCAGAAUCUCCUGAACUAGUGUUGAAAACAAACAUUGCUACAGUGAAUGAAUGUAUCCAGCAGGUUGUGGAGCUGCUACAAGCACAAAAUAUUGUUCCCAAAACUGUGAUUAAGGAUGUUCUUGAACUCUUUGUACCUGAAAAUAAGAUUGACCGGGCCCAAGCUGAUACUAACAUGCUGCCUAUUCUAGAGAUUACCAAGUUGGAUCUACAGUGGGUCCAAGUCCUGAGUGAAGGCUGGGCCACACCACUGAAAGGAUUUAUGCGUGAGACAGAAUAUUUGCAAGUUAUCCAUUUUGGCACCCUGAAUGAUGAUGGCAUUAUAAACCUGAGCAUUCCCAUUGUGCUCCCUGUUGCUACGGAAGAUAAGAACCGGCUGGAUGGCUGCACUGCAUUUGCACUUGAGUAUGAUGGCCGAAGGGUAGCAAUCCUCAGAAACCCAGAGUUCUAUGAACAUAGGAAGGAGGAACGCUGUGCGCGUGUGUGGGGGACAACUUGUGUGAAGCACCCACAUAUCAAAAUGGUGAUGGAAAGUGGGGAUUGGUUGGCUGGUGGUGAUCUUCUUGUGUUAGAGAAAAUAAAAUGGAAUGAUGGACUGGACCAAUACCGCUUGACACCACUGGAGCUCAGACAGAAGUUUAAAGAAAUGAAUGCUGAUACUGUAUUCGCAUUUCAGCUGCGCAACCCAGUCCACAAUGGUCAUGCUCUGCUCAUGCAGGACACCAAAAGCCAUCUGCUGGAAAGGGGUUAUAAACAUCCUGUGCUUCUGCUUCACCCUCUGGGAGGCUGGACCAAAGAGGAUGAUGUGCCACUAGCGUGGCGAAUGAAGCAGCAUGCAGCCGUGCUUGAGGAACAUAUCCUAGACCCAAAGUCAACUAUUGUUGCAAUCUUCCCCUCUCCCAUGUUGUAUGCUGGUCCAACAGAGGUUCAGUGGCACUGUAGGGCUCGAAUGAUUGCUGGAGCAAAUUUCUACAUUGUGGGCCGAGACCCUGCAGGCAUGCCCCAUCCAGAGACCAAGAAAGACUUAUAUGAGCCCACACAAGGAGGGAAGGUCCUUAGCAUGGCACCAGGCUUGGCCUCUGUGGAAAUCAUUCCCUUCAGAGUUGCAGCAUACAAUAAAGUAAAAAAGGCCAUGAUUUUUUACGAUCCAGAAAGGCACGAUGAAUUUGACUUCAUCUCUGGAACGCGCAUGAGAAAGCUUGCUCAAGAAGGCAAAAAUCCACCUGAUGGGUUCAUGGCCCCAAAAGCUUGGAAAGUCUUAACUGAAUACUACAAAUCACUGGAAAAAAAUAUUAAUUCUACUUUUCCUCAGAAAUAUGGGUAUUAAGAGUGAGCGAUUGAUUGAUUGAUUUACUGUAUUACAGAUCACUUAGUUUGCAUUUUCAAUAUCCUAAUGAUAGGAUAGAACAUUUUCUAAUAGGGCCAAAUUGUUUUUGAAUGUAUGUAUUUUGGGCCUGGCCCUUCUCCCUCUAAAUUAUUGGGAAUUUUCCUUUCAACCUCAAAGGGAGCAGCAGCCAGUCUGUUAUUUAUUUGGAUGAUUGUCCAAAGCCAUAUUAGGAUUGACCAGUUGGACAUCUUUAGUGAUGACAUAGUGGUACACCAAUCCCCAAAGGAACACAGUUUGACCUUAUAGCCAUGAUGUAGUUACAUAUCCCUUAUGCUCUUUAAAUCAGUUACAAACCGGAAAUAGGAAAGAAAUGAUUUAAUAUACUUCCCUUAUUCCUUAAGAAGCCCAUCUUCUGCAGUGGGCAGAAGGAUUUUCUUUAGCACAUAUAUGGGUUUCUGUUGUCCACCACACACCGCUCUCUUUCUAAUGCCUCCUACUUAAACUUGGACUUUUCAGUCAAGAAACUGAACUAAGCUUUAUUGCAGCUCCAAGUUUAGCUUUCUACAUAAAAGACAAAAAUUAAAGCAGCCCAGCUUGAGUGCCAUGGUGAGGUUGGGAGAAGUGGUGCUUUAACUUUUGAGUCCUGCAUUGAGGGCUCACAGUGGCACUUUCCCUCCCCACCUAGAACUGCAGGAGAGCUGGCCUGCUUUGACUGCAGGAAGCUGUACGAAGAGAUGCAUGAAGCCCUUAGACUACCCUCACUUCAUCUGUUUUAUACCAGUGUAAUUCCACUGACCAGAGUGGAGUUAUUUCUGAUUUACGCUGGUGUAUGUGAUUUGAGAAUCAGGAUCUGAGUUCAGCUUAUUGAAUAAGGAGGCCAAGUUUAGGUGGGGACAGUUUAAAAUAGUCUCUUCACACCCUAGAA